AUGUUACAUCAUGUCACACAACUUCAUGAACCAUUAUCAGCACCAGUACUCACCACAGCAACAACAGCAACAACAAAUAAGCAACAAUAUGAUCAAGAAUCACAAUCGAUGCAAUCUAUAAAUACAUCAUCAUCAUCACAAAAUCAAAAAAAUGAAAAGAAUCUACAAAUGCAUUUGUUUGAAGAAGAAACACCACUAAAACAAUAUAAACAUCGUCUCCAAAAAAUAGUAGAAGAGGACAAGGCCUUACCACCAACAUCAGCAAUGCCAUUAUCUUCACGUCAUCGAAAAAAAAAUUUCUUUUCAAGUCUUUUGGAUCAAGAUGGUGAUCCUUCAACUGCAUUUUGGUUUGGAAUGUUUUUAUUUAUCUUGAUUACAUUUAUUCUCACUGGUAUCUCGAUUAUUUUUUUUGUGAAUCGACCUGAAAAUGUUGUUGGCAAUUAUUAUAUCAAACAAUAUUGUCCACCUUCAGCAAGUUUGCCGUGUCCAAUUGGUCAAAAGUUAUGUAUCAACUAUGUUGGAUUUUGUCUAAGAUAUGUUUGUGUAUCAAAUAGUUUUCGUCAAAAUACUUGUUAG